GGCAGGGCUCGGGGCUGGGGCAGAAGUCUGAGGAGGAGUCUGGGGCCAGGGGAGAGGUGCCAGGUUCCGGCUGUCCCUGGGCUACUGCAACCACCAACCCUGUCUUAGCUCUCCCUCCCUCCCUCCCUUCUCCGCCUUUCCCUCACAACCUCCUAGGAAACUCCCACAGACCUAAUACAGUAAUAAGGCUGCCAGUUUCAUUGUGUAGAUAUUGCUCCUCCUCAUCUGGUGGAGCAUUAUGUUGAUAGUGUUUUUGGCAGGGUAAAGGUGACACAAUACAGGAGGUGGGGUUCCCUUACUUUAUUUCCAUGCUUUUAAGGUGUUCAGAUGGGUGGAGUAUGUCGAAAGGCAGCCUUAGCUGUCACUAAACUAAGAUUUUUGUUUAACCAGGAUAUAGCUUUAGGACUAGUGACCUAUUUAGCUCUUUGCUUAAAGAGUUAAUUCACUGAACACCAGCUUCCUGGAAAACUUUUCUCCCUGGCUUAUUUUAAUAAAAUAAAACAAAGAUCAAACCAUUGAGGGAUGAAAGAGAGAAAGCAGCAUUCUUGAUUUUUACAGAACUAUAGGUCCUGUUUGGAUCUUUGUUUGGAUCAGUACUUUUAGUAGUGAUCAGGAUCAUGGAUUUUCCAGGACACUUUGAGCAAAUCUUUCAACAGCUAAACUACCAGCGUCUUCAUGGUCAACUUUGUGACUGUGUCAUUGUGGUGGGGAACAGGCACUUCAAAGCCCAUCGCUCUGUUUUGGCAGCAUGCAGCACACAUUUUCGAGCUCUGUUUACUGUAGCAGAGGGAGACCAAACCAUGAACAUGAUCCAGCUGGACAGUGAGGUAGUGACAGCAGAGGCCUUUGCUGCUCUGAUUGACAUGAUGUACACCUCCACACUCAUGCUUGGAGAGAGCAAUGUUAUGGAUGUCUUGCUGGCAGCUUCUCACUUACAUUUGAACUCUGUUGUUAAAGCUUGUAAGCACUACCUUACGACGAGGACUCUGCCGAUGUCACCACCUAGCGACAGAGUUCAAGAACAAAAUGCACGCAUGCAAAGAUCUUUCAUGCUUCAGCAGCUUGGACUGAGUAUUGUGAGCUCUGCAUUGAAUUCCACCCAGAACACAGAGGAGCAGCAAAAUACGAUGAGCUCAUCCAUGAGAAGUAACAUAGAGCAGCGCACGACUUUUCCCAUGCGGCGCCUCCACAAGCGUAAACAGUCUUCUGAAGACCGGGCCAGGCAGCGAAUCAGGCCUGCCAUCGACGAGUCCAUCAUUUCAGAUGUUGCCCCAGAGAGCGGCCAGUCAGUAGUCCAUUCCCGGGAAGAAUUUUUUUCACCAGAUUCUCUGAAGAUUGUGGACAAUUCCAAAGCUGAUGUUGUUGCUGAUACCCAAGAGGAUAAUACCAUUAUGUUUGAUCAGUCUUUUGGUGCCCAAGAAGAUGCCCAAGUGCCCAGCCAGUCUGACAACAGUGGAGGAAACAUUUCACAAAUGUCCAUGGCAUCUCAAGCAACACAAGUGGAGACGAGCUUUGACCAGGAAGCGGUGUCUGAGAAAAAUAACUUUCAGUGUGAAAACGCAGAGAUCAGCCUCAAUGAAAAAGAACACAUGCGGGUGGUGGUUAAAUCUGAGCCCUUGAGUUCCCCAGAGCCUCAAGAUGAAGUGAGCGAUGUCACUUCCCAAGCAGAAGGCAGCGAGUCUGUUGAAGUAGAAGGAGGAGUAGUGAGUGCAGAAAAGAUAGAACUGAGUCCUGAAAGUAGCGAUCGCAGCUUUUCUGACCCCCAAUCUAGUACCGAUAGGGUUGGUGACAUCCAUAUUUUGGAGGUGUCAAAUAACCUGGAACACAAGUCUACUUUCAGUAUCUCAAAUUUCCUAAAUAAGAGCCGAGGUGGCAAUUUUGGUGCUAAUCAAAAUGACGACAACAUUCCAAACACAACCAGUGAUUGCCGAAUGGAUGGAGAUGCCUCUUAUUUAAUGAGCCCCGAGUCUGGGCCUAAUAACGGUCAUUCCUCUGCUACUAUCUCUCAUGUGGAGAAUCCAUUCAAUGAACCUGCAGACUCUCACUUUGUCAGGCCUAUGCAGGAUGUAAUGGGGAUUCCUUGUGUACAGACUUCUGGGUACCGGGCAGCGGAACAGUUUGGGAUGGACUUUCCAAGGUCCGGCUUGGGACUACACUCUUUGUCUAGGGCAAUGAUGGGCUCUCCAAGGGGCGGAGCUAGUAGUUUUCCUGGCUACCGUCGCAUAGCCCCCAAAAUGCCUGUUGUGACCUCUGUUAGGAGCUCCCAAAUGCAAGAUAGUCCAUCUAAUUCCCAGCUGAUAAUGAAUGGGAGCACGUCCUCUUUUGAAAAUGGACAUCCUUCCCAGCCUGGGCCACCGCAGUUGACUAGGGCAUCUGCUGAUGUUCUUUCAAAAUGUAAGAAGGCCUUAUCUGAGCACAAUGUCUUGGUUGUAGAAGGUGCUCGCAAAUAUGCCUGUAAAAUCUGCUGCAAGACUUUCUUGACCUUAACAGACUGUAAGAAGCACAUCCGUGUGCACACAGGAGAAAAGCCUUAUGCCUGUUUAAAGUGUGGCAAACGGUUUAGCCAGUCCAGCCAUUUGUAUAAACAUUCCAAAACUACCUGUCUGCGGUGGCAGAGCAGCAACCUACCCAGCACUUUGCUUUAAUCCUCCCCCCCAAGCCCAUAUAAAUCAUGCCAAUACAAAUUGUAAGAACAUGGACUAGCUUGUGUCUGGAAUAUUAACACUAUCGCAGGAUAAGAAGCUGCCCUUGUAGUAAACACUUACGUGUGAUUGUGCCACACAUACAGAAAGUCUUGGUCCUGUAAAAUGGGGAUCAUACCAUACCUACCUCACAGGGGUGUUGUGAGGCCUAAACAACUGCCUGGAAGCGCUUUGGGAUUCUCUGAAGGAGGCACUGUAGAAGUAUUAAAUAUUAUGUAAAUGCAGGUCUUGGGCUCAUAGGGGCUACAGUCCCUAAAACCAAGUAGCUCCUUUGGGGGGGGGGAGGAGCGGGAGGGGAGGAAGAGCUGGGACAGAAAGGGUGAAAAUGUAGCCAGCUCCUAAUCAUGUUACAGUAGCAUGUUUCAAGGAUGAGAAACAAGUACAAACUUUUUUUUAGGCAUUUUUGUAAAAUUGUGAAAGUGUUUAAAUAACUUGUAAAGUAAGUUGAUCCAUGAUGUGUGUGAACAGAAAUGCAAAGAGCUCUCUACUGUUACUAAUGCAGAUUGCAUAUCCUUAAAGAACAAUAAUCUUGGAUGUACCCGUCUACCCAAAAUGCUUUAAAACGUUAAUUAUGAAAUUAGUUGUAGAGCGGCGAUGGGCAUCCUAGGCCAGUGAGUGGGCCUCGAGUAGCCCGCCAUCAUCUCAGUGGGCUCCAAGGUUGUCCUGACCAAGAGGGUCUCCCGGCAGAGAGCAGCUUGUCCACCUAGAAUGAGCAGGGUGUGCCGAUUGAACUGUAGCAGCACUUCGGAUGCGGAGGGAGCACCCGGCUCUCAGUAACUCUGUGCAGUCAGCACUCACCUCGCUUCACGUGCCCAUGCGUGCCACUUUAGUAAUAGCAGUAGAAAAAACCUAUACGGUCAGAAACCAGCAGAAUCUGGCAAUGCCAUGCUCGGGCAAUGGUAAAGAAAGGCCACACACGGAGCCCUAGUAGGCUGCACGCAGCCCUGGGGGAGCACCCUGCGGCCCAUUGUUGUAGAAGGUUCUGAAUGUAUUUUUGGCUGUUUUCCUGUGAUGGACACUGUAACAAAGGUGCUUACCUGGAGUCCAAGACAAGUAACGUUUGGACUGUUAGAUAUGUGUGUGUAUAUAGUUUGAAUACAGCGAGCUCUCCUAGGUGUUCCACCAUUUUUUCUGUAAAGACUUGUAAUGAGUGGUAAGUGACGUACUGGUCCUGUAUGUGCUAUCUUAGCAGUAUUUUAACCAACUUGUAUUUCAUAUGUUAAAAUUCCAUAUACAUAGAUGUCUGAAAAGAGCUUGUUAUUGUCUACUUUAUUUUAAAUGGGAGAUAUAAUUUGUGGUGGCUUCUCUUAUUGUGUAAGAUAGUCUCUUACCCUUUCCAGAUGCUGACAGUCAAUCUGAUCCAAGUUAUUGUGUAAGCAGACUAUCCUUUUCUGAUGCUCUUAUCUUCAGGCAUUUUAAUUUCCUUCUCCAUACACUUAUUGUCCUCUCAACCAUGGAUUACUUUGAUCUGAGGAAGAGUGAGGAAUGAGAGAGCCUGUCUUGCCAUAUUCAUAUGCCUCUCGGUAUAAAAUGUUGCAGUUGACUCUAAUUUUUCAAUUUAGAGAAGUAUAUGUGUAUUUUCCCACAAGUAAAAAUCCAACACAAAUUUAAUUUAAAAAAAAGCACUGUACACCUUGUAAAAACAAGUUCAGUAAUCUGUUUCCAGUGAAUCACAGAAUCUUAUUUUAAUUUCCUCCUCUUUGAUAUCAUUGUAACAAAUACUCUUUGCAGUUGAGGGUGUUGAUUUUUUUUUCUUUAAUGUAUACGAACUAACUCUUGGAGUUCAGCAAACUAGGUUUCUAUUAACAUUUUGGAGCACUUCUCCUGACCAUUGUUAUUCUGUUUUGCAGAAUUUUGGUCAGUGUAUCUGUCAUAAUCAGAAGAGAGAUCAUGAGCAUCUAAUAUUGCUGCUGCUGUGGAUUAGCUAACUUUACAACUUCCACAUUGUCAGUGUAUGUAGCCAACGCAUUCUGUGUACUUUUACUGUUGGAGUUGAAUCAAAUGUAUGCUGUUUUUUAACACAGAUGUUGAACUCCUGAAAAAACUUGGAUUUAUCUGAAUGAAAGCUGAAAAUUAAACCCUUAUUCCUCAGUUCUGUAGCUAGUCUAGUAUUUAGUGACUGAGACAGUUGGAGAGUGGGAACUAACAAUCAUGGUCAAUACCAAAGGAGCCAGGGCGCUAUGUAUGAAACAGUAUCUGCCUGAGAGAGAGAAAAUGCCUGUGGUCUGUUAACAUUUGAUUUGCAGUUUAAGCUCCUAAGGUAAGCAGAAACAUGAACUGUUAUGAAUGACAUUCAGUUCAUUAAAACCCUCAUAGUCCCUUGACUGUUGGGUUUUUUUUAAAGGCACCAAGGCCAUGUGCCAAGUUUAUGAAGAGCAUUAGAAAAUGUUGCAUUUUAUGAUAAUCAUCUUGACGUAAAGAGACUAAUAGCAUUGAACUAAUCAGUCUCACUGCAGCUUCAUUAAAACUGGAUCACCAAUACAAUACACUAUUUUCUAAUUUAAUCUUGUGUUGCUGUGCUGCCUUUGUGCUAAUCUCUCACCUUUCCAGUUUUGUUCCAAAACUAUUUUUUUAUUUUCCAGCUGUUUAUCUAGCCUCUGUCUCUAAAACCCUCCCAUGCACAGGAAGAAAGCGAAGAUGUGGAGGGGAUGAUGAAUGCACUUAAUUUUAAGAAUGAAUAGGAACAUGUAAAUGAACCCUAUAUUGAAUUGUACUUCUGGAUCCGUUUUUACAACAAGGCCAUAGGUAAUAAGGGAGGGCUGCUCUCUUCAGAAACAACAAUAAAGGAAGAAAAAAAAUAGAUGUGACAAACAAUUUUCAGUUUAUCAAAUUGUAGUGUAUAGCAGGAUCUAUGUUAUCUUCAGUAACCCAUGUCUGCUUUCUUGGUCUUCCUAUAUGAAGCAAUAUCUCAGAAUAACAAUUACUACUGAGCUAACCCACCCUGUACAAUGAGCAAUAGCUAAUCACCAAACCUCAUAACUGCAAAAAUAGCCUCACCCCACCUCUGUUCAGACUUACUAGCCAAGCACUAUCGUGCCAUCUCAUGUGAAGCUAUCAGUAUGUUUAGAGUUGAGAUGCAUCUGAAAAUAAACACAACAUUUUUGUGCUGA